CCUUGUCAACAUGCCACCACAACCGGUAGGACACUGCUUGCUCUGGGCUUUGCUUCACAUCACAAUUCUCUUUUCUCAAAUCGUCCAUGCCACACCUACAGUGUCUUUGAUUGAAAGCUUACAGCCAACGCGAACUCGACAUGUUCUUGAAGCCCGCGGUUCGGUCACAUUUCCAUCCUACCAAGCCAACCCUUCUACCAUUCUCUGGCCACCAAAUUGCGCAACCACAGACCCAGAUGCAUGCCUUGGUUCUAACUCUGUUAAGAGCUGUACUGUUAAGUAUUGUUCCAAAAUGGUAGCUUUGACUUGCUGGAACCACGUUUACGCAAUUGAUUUCGAAUGUUUGUGCGGCUCGAUGAGCAGCACCACUUGUCCCUCGUGUAUAAAUGGACCCUCAGAUGUCAACAAACAGCUGUACUUCGCUUGGCUCGCAGCUUAUUGUUACUUGGAUCCAGGCUGGAGUGGCUUGCCAGCGAGUUGGAACACAAAUUCGUCUAGCUGGAAUACAUUCCAGGUUGGUGGCAUUGGAUCUGCAGAUUUCGAAAAUUACGAGACAUCGAAUCCGUUUACCAGUCAGUUCAUCACCGAUAAUCACUAUUACGAAGUGAGCUUUUUUGUGCCGACUUGUGCUUCUGGCUGCGAUUUUCUCAACUCAAGAUGGAGUGGGACAUAUAUAGACGGGGAUGUUGUUACUGGCCUUGCUGGGGCAAACUUGCUUCCUGAUAAUUACUCAAUUGGAGGGGCACCCCAGAGUGACUAUCUUUACGUUGAUCUCACGGCCGUUUGUACAGGGUGGUCUUGGUCGGACUUACAAAACAGCUGUAACGGAGUUUGUGGAUCACCCACAGGUCUCACUGGGCUUCUUGUAUGGCUGAACUCCAAAUGUGGAGACGUCGCAGACUUCGCCGGGAUGCCGUCGAAUUGGCAAGAUUCCCUCUCUUUUCCGAAUGAUACCUAUCCGGCACAGGGCAGCUUCCCCUCUUGGCCAAGUUGCCUGAGCUCAAUAAAUGAUCCAGGAUGUCAGCUAUCUUCGAUAGAGUCGAAUUGCACAGUUACAGUCUGCGCCACCGGAUCUGUUGAUCAGAGUGGGAACUGUGACCAGGUUCCCGCAAUCAACUUGACGUGUUUCUGCCCUCAGAUCAACUACGAGACUUCAUGUACAAAUGAAUGCGCGCUCUCAUGGCAGCGAGCAUCUCGUCUCAACUGGAUUAACGAUACUUGCUCGGUAUUAGGCUCUGGUACGAGUUUGCCCAGUAAUUGGACUUCUCUACUUCUCAUUCAGCGAUCGGAGAUACUUCCUUGGGGCUGGAAUAUAUCCUCAAGCGCAAUUCCCCAGUCGCAAUGUCCAGCUGCUUGGAAGAGCCUUGUUGCCUUUCUAGUUGUAAAUCUCUUUAUGCUUCUGCUUAUACCCAUCCUCGGUCGACGAACUGUCGUUAAGAAAAUUACUUUCGGCUUUUUUGGAGGUAUAGAGUCUCGACACUGGUACUACACUGGUCCGCUUGCUGUUGGGCUUCAUUUAGCCAGCAAUGCUGUCAAUGCUUCAAUCAUCAAAGGUGUCCCUGGGUAUGAAAAUACCAGUAUAGGACACUUCACUCUGCUUUGGUGCACCCGUCCUAGACUCGCGUGGCUAGUGGUGGCUCUUCUUCCCUACCAAGCCGAAAAGUCGAUGUACUUUUCUGCCACGGCCUCAAUUCUAUUCAGCGAAGUGGUUCUCCAACUCAUCGGAUCCUACAGCAUGGGGAAGGCAGCGAAUUAUGCUCGAAUCCAGGAGUUCCUCCUUCAAGGUCAUCUGGCUGGUAGUCACUUUGCGAAAGAAGCCGCAGUUAUGUACGGCGGCUCCCUACUUUGGCUCACGGCGGUACCAUUUGCCAUUGCCGCUUGUAUUUGGACUAUUUUCGGAGUGAGCGAAAGGAUUAAUAGGUUCAGCGAAUACUGGAUAUGGACGAGGAAGUGUACGAGGGAUAAUUGCGCAAUUGUUUCGACACAAAUUCAGUUCAUCCGUACAGCUAGAUCAAAGGUGAAGCCUCCUAGGGAAGGCGUGGGAUGGCAAUUUGCGGACAUACAGCAAAGCCUGUUGGUAAGCAUAGACGCGGUGAUUGAGAAAUGGGGGAAGUUGAAUGAAACCUGGAAAAACCUGCCGCAAGAGAUCCGCCGAGAACAGAACCGUAGACUGGCAGCCAAGAAGCGGGAGGAGAGAGCCAAGGAUCUACUUGAGGGGACACGACAAGGAAAUGCGAGAUGGACGCAACGGUCACAAGCUUACGAUGCGUUGAGGCUUGAGCGGCGCGAUUUAGAAACAAACUGGUUUUCAAACCCCGAGACCAAGCAACGCCAAGCUCAAACUAAAAAAGCUGCCGCAAGAGAUUCGAUAGUUAUUGUUCGGGCACACAAGGAUGCGAUCCAGACGGCGAUUGUGGCAUGCGAGCAAAGGAUCCUAGUCUUCGAAAAUGCCAUUGCGCGUAUAGAGGCUAGAAUUGCUGCAGCAAAUCACCAACUAAUGCAUAUAAAGCAGAGGCUGAGGAAUUUGAAGUGGAAAUGGCCAUGCAUACAUGCCGAUGACGACGAUGAAGUCCUUCAGUUGAACAGUCAGCAUGACUCGAUCUCUCGACAAUGCCAAAAGGACAUGGCGCAACUGGAUGCUAUGAGGAGCGAUCCACAGUUGGUCGCUGAAAAAACCCGAGCUGGGGAUCUGCAAAGCGUACUUGACAUCUGGGAAGCUUUGUGCCUGUCCAAGGAGAAUCUGAUGCAUAAUUGGGAUGCCAAUGUGCAACAAUGGGAGCUGAUUGCCGAAAAAAGAAGGGAACAGGAUAAAAAGGAGAACUUGAUACGCUUUCCUGUGGCAAUUGUGACGGGUAUGCUGUUGUGUUGGAUUGCUCAAUGGUUGUGGUGGGCAGGCUAUGUUGAGGUUGCUGGGGAUAGAUAUUGCCCACCGAAACUCUCAACUAUUGCGUCUGUUUGGACAGUAUUCGCAGCUACAGGCUCUAUGGUUGGUGCAAGCUUCUGAGCCCCAGUCUUGAAACAAGGAGCAGCUGCGUUAAAGUACCAUUAAAGAGAAAAGUUGUCCCCGCACAACACACGUUUAUUUUGGCUAGCAUGAUUCUACUUCUUUAUGAAAUACAUAUAAUGUAGCUGCGGG